AACUUGGUGAUGGUGAUGGAGUGUAACAUGCAUAGCAGCACGGCAUCAUUGCCACGUAGUAGAUAAAUAUUUCUGGAUAUCCCAAGGAUACCUCAGUGGUCGGGAAGCUCCCUUAUUAGAAGGUAACGCAGUGAAAAAGUGGGUCGAGGACCAAGAUGGCUGCCACAGACCAGACGCGGAUCUUGUCCCUAUACGAGCAGGUGUCUUACACAUCUGACACUGGGGGAGAUGUGCCAACAGACAGGACUGGAGGCCUCAACCUGGGUACUGCUCUCAACAUACCCCGGGGUAGAGUCUUCUCUACCUUCGUCCAGAGUCAUCGUCGUGCUGCCAAGGAUCUUUGUGAUGUCUUAAUGAGAACUUCGUCGCCGAUCCAGCUGAUAGAACUGGCCGGCCGGCUGAGGGAUCGACUCAAUGAGAACCUGUUUAUUUAUGCUGUGUCUUUCGUCAUCCUUCAUAAACAGGAAUUUCGAAAUCUUCGUCUGCCGUCGAUCGUGGAAGUGUUUCCGCACAAGUUCGUGCCGGCUGAAGAGCUGACGAAGAUGCAAGUGACGGUGAACAAACUGCCCCCUAACCAGGAAGCACAAUUGGUGAUCGAAUACGGACCUGAAUUUGCAAGCACCAACCUGAAGCCCGAACACCGGGUGUCAUACUGGAGGGAGGACUAUGGUAUCAACUCUCAUCACUGGCACUGGCACCUCGUCUACCCUGCUGAGAUGGAUGUUCCCGGGGACCGUAAAGGUGAACUCUUCUAUUACAUGCAUCAACAAAUGGUCGCCAGGUACGACAUGGAAAGACUCAGUGUUGAUCUCAACCGUGUGGAAAAGCUGGAAAACUGGCGAGUGCCCAUCAGUGAUGGCUACUUCUCCAAGCUCACUUCUAAUAACUCCGGCAGAGCUUGGGGUACCCGCCAGGAUGACUCACUCAUGAAGGAUUUCAGACGUACUGACUUCGGACUGGAAUUUAUAGACAUCACUGUCAUGGAAAUCUGGAUGUCCCGACUAAUGGAUGCCAUUCAUCAAGGAUAUAUGAUAAACAGAAAUGGUGAUAGAGUCCCUCUCUCGGAUAACGUCACAACAGGAAAGUUAGGGAUUGAAAUCUUAGGAGAUGCGUUUGAGGCAGAUGCUUCACUAAGUCCCAACGCUCUGUUCUACGGUGAUCUUCACAACCUGGGCCACUUAAUGAUUGCCUUCACUCAUGACAACGACGGUGCACAUAAGGAGGAGAUUGGAGUGAUGGGAGACUCGGCGACCGCCAUGAGGGACCCAGUAUUCUACCGUUGGCACAAGUUCGUUGACGGCAUCUUUCAGGAGUACAAGAUGACACAACCACCAUACACCCUGGAGGAUGUAAGUAUAGUGCUUCGUAGACUCCGCAUCAAACCCCCCUCGACCACGCCCAAAUUUUUCUACCAUAUUCAGGUAACCAACUCGGGAGCAGCUCCGAAGAAGGUGACGGUGAGAAUCUUCAUUGCUCCCAAGCACAACGUGCGGGGUCUGGAGAUGAGCUUCAUGGAGCAGCGUCUCCUCUGGUCAGAGAUGGAUAAGUUCACAGAAACCUUGUUAGAAAAUUACAAAAUUUCAGUAAAGUUUGUGUGGCUACCAUCUAAUGUUAACAUCGCAGGCAGUGAGAGAGCUGAUGAACUGACACAGGUAGAAGCACAGCAAGAACACACAGACUUCAGGUUUGAAGAAACAAUGCAGCAGAUUACAAGGAAAACACAAGUCAAAAGAGUAGAAGAUGAGUUCAUUAAGAGAGCGCCGCCACCGGCGAACAACGAAUUUAACUUCUGUGGCUGCGGGUGGCCAGAGCACCUGUUGCUGCCCAGGGGCAAGCCAGAGGGCAUGACCUACCAGCUCUUCGUCAUGCUCACAGACUAUGAGAAGGACAAGGUGGAGGAGCCGAAAGGACCCAGGAAAUGUGCCAAUGCCGUGUCCUUCUGUGGGAUCCUGGACGCUAAGUACCCUGACAAGAGACCCAUGGGCUUCCCCUUCGACCGUCGCCCACCUCCCAUCCUCAAUAAUGAAAUGGUUACCUCCGUUGCUGAUUACGCUAGCCUGGGCAACAUAUCUCUGACUGACAUUACUAUCACGUUCCUCAACAACCAGCUCAAGAAGUAGAUAUCUGUCGUGUUUGUCACUUUCCUCAAGUUCUAGAAAUACAUAGUUGAGGUGUCUGUCACUUUCGUAGUAUAUUUCAAACGUAGAUAGUAAGGAUGCCUCUCAUUUUCAUCAAGUUUGAGAAGUAGAUGGUGAAGGUAUCUGUCGUUAUUCGUUGUAUUGCAACCGUUGGUGAUAGGGGUACCUGUCGCUUUCAUCAAGGUCCAGAAGUAGAUAGUGGAGGUAUCUCAUCAUCAGUACAAAAUGAUAUAUAUAACACGGUAUCUCAAGACCUUUAUUAACGACUGACUUCCUUCCUUAAAAUAUUUGAAUCUAGGCUUUUAUAACUGCCUCUGUUUUGAAUCUCUCAUUCCUUCCUUUACCUCCAUCUCUACCUUCCCUCUAUCCAUUCCUCCAUCUGCUUUCUCCCUCCUUCUCUGUCUACCUCGUCCAUCCACUCCUGUAGCCUCCUGUGGACUGAGUGUGGUGACGGAGAAUAUAAUAAUACUUCUAAGUGUAAUGAUGAUGGAAUGUUGUUGAGUGUAGUGGAGUGAAUUUAGCGAAGAUGAAAUGAAUAUGGAGUAAUAAAUAUAACAGUGGAAUGUGGCAGUAAGUGUUAAGAUAAAUGGAUGUCCUGGAAGAUUGAGUAGUGAUAAUAUUGGAGGCACAAUGGUGGUAUAAUGGCUAAUGUACGUGACCAAAUUAAAAUGUAUUUUUUUUUUUCACAGUACUGUAUGAAAUUAAUAAUUUUAUCUAAAUUAAAUACACAAUCAAUUCUUUAUAUAGGGAAAUAAUACUGACUGGGAAGAUGAGUAUAAUAUUGAAUGUGCUAUUCGAAUUUUUAAUGUUUGCUUUAUAAAAUAAAUAUUUGUUAUAUUAUA